AGCCUUAUUUGCUUUGACCCCGAACCGACCUCUCCCUUUUACAACUGAAAUACGUAAGCUCUGGCCAGUAUGCAAACGUUACAUUUUGCUUAUCACUACGCCUCGGAACAGACGUAUCGACAUUUAUCAAUAGUUAUCUAAUCUACCUGGCCAAAGGACUCACUUAGAUCAAAUAACCAAAGCAACUAUGUUGGGUGUUGUAACCAGGUCAAGCCUCCUUGGAAGGAAUGUGAUGAAAACAUUCAUCAGGAAUGGAUCCCAUGGAGGUGUUCCAGGGGAGAAUCUGCCAUUUGACAUCCAAAACAGGCACAAACUUACUUUAAUGUUUACUGUUUUCAUUGGAUCCGGUCUAGGAGCACCCUUCCUCAUCACCCGCCACCAACUGCUUAAGAAGUAA